AUGGCUCAGCUUCACUCCCUGCACGUGUCUGUCGGCGUACUGGGCAUCUCUGGCGGUUCUCUCCUGCUUUUGGUGAACAACUAUGCCAGCUCACCUGUGAAAGACUUCAUCCCCCAUACUGCACUAGGGAUACUGCUCCUCAUCAUUGCAGCCCUCUUAGCUUAUGCAGGUAUCCGGCGCAGUCUGUCCCACGCCCAGCUGUUUUCCUCACUGUGUCUGACUGUCUCUGCCCUGUGGUGUGGUUCAGGUCUAGUGUACAUCCUGGUGGGGCAGAGGGUGUUGCAGCCCACAGAACUGAGAUCCUCUCUGGUCCCAGGCCUGGCUGCAUUCACCUUAGCUCUGCUUAUCAUAGGCAGCGUAGCAAUCCUUGUAAAGAAAGCUGUUCUGUUUCUCAUAGCCGUUGGCAUUAGCUUAGCAUGUGCCCAUCAAAUUGCUGGUUUGUCAGCUGCAGGUUUUGGUCAGUCUGCCACAGCUGCUAACUACCUUAUUGUCUGUCUGGUGGGUGUGUACUUUGGUUUUGGACGCCUGCUCUCCAUCAUCACUCGUGGCAAGGUGGAACCUCCAGGAACAGGCCUGAAGAGCAAAGCUGGGCUGAAAACAGGGCAGAAUCAUGGGUGCAGUGAUUCAGUGUCAGUAGGUCUGGUGAUGAACUUGCUGUCUGCCUCUGUGCUAGCCUGUCCUCUGUUAGGUGUGGUCCCUCAGCUCUCUGUCGGUCAUGUCCCCUGGUUGUGGACAGCUGGAGUCUUCCAGCUCGGCAUGUGUGUCCUCUUCUACCGAGCCAUGGACACACUAGCUGCUACUUUUUAUGGCUUCACUGCUCUGCUGAAAUUUGCAGAGGGCUACAGCGCUCUGCUAUCAUUCUACUCAAUUCAGCCUUACUCUCCUGUUCCCUUCCCGGUUGUUUUCUCUGUGCUUUUCUCCGUCCUGGCUCUGUUCAGUUGUCAGAAGAGCUUGCUGGAGGGGCUCUACCAGUUAUUCUUUGCCGCUUAUUGUAUCGCCAUUGCAGCCCAGCCUCAUGGCUUCUUCCAAGGAGGCACGCAGGGUGUACAGGGAGCCAUAUUUGUAAUCUCUGCCGGCAUGCUAUUAAUUACUACCUUCAAUAUGGUCUCCACUACAAUGAUUCCCACAGGGCAGGGUUACUUUACGGCUUUAGUAACCAGGAUCCAGAGUCUCACUCUCAGAACCCAUGAUAAAGAGCUACAUGCACCUCACUUGGGCUAUUCCAAGUAUGCAGAUGCAGAGGUGUUAGGCCACGCGUGUAGUGUGCUAGCUGCUUUUGCAGUCACAGCCACAGUUGGUGACAGAAAUCCUCUGUCUGUGCUUGUUCUGCCCUGGGUGGUGGUGGGUGGAGGGGCACUCCAGCUGCUCUGUGGUUCAGUAGCUUUUGCUCGAGGUAAAACCUUUGAGAGCACAGUUUUUAUUUUCUAUGGGAUGAUGUGGACAGUCUGGGGGCUGACACGAUACGGCGGUCUGUACGGUGAAACCAGAAGCUUUAAUGUGGCUGUCGGGAUCAUUAGCUUCAUGCUUUUUAACGGUUUAGUGACAGUUGCGGCGCUGUUUCUAAAUGUCGCCUGGUUUGCCUACGCCCUUACCUUCCAGCUCAUCCUAAUUAGCUUCCUGCUGGAUGCAGUAGGUGCACUGCCUUAUGGUUAUGACAUAGGAGUCACCAUCAUCUUUGGUCUCGUCAGUUUUUAUUGUUUCCUGGCGCACAUUUUUAACAGCACCUUCCAGUCCCCCCAGAUCCCCUUAGGAAAACCUUUAAUUAAGCUGAGUGGGGUCGGAGGAGGCGCAGAUAUCUGUCCACAUCUACCAGCCCGCAAAGCCACGUCUGUCCAGCAGAUUGCAGAAAUCAUGAAAAAUGGUGGCAUAUGUGGAAUGCCUACUGACACCGUCUAUGUGCUGGUGGCAGCUUGCAACAGGCCCGAAGCAGUUGUCAAAGCUUACAAGGUGAAGAAGCAGGCGCAGGACCGGCCCAUGUCGAUGUGGAUCUCCUCCAUCAAGCAGCUGGAGCCGGUGCGACACCUGCUGAGUCCUCUGCUCCUGGACUUUAUGGAGGCUGCGUGGCCCUCCUCCAUUAGUAUGGUUAUACCCAGAGGCCCGUGGAUGGACUCUUUUGGUUUAGGAGAUGCUGCCAAACACAUAGGGACGCCACAAAGCAUUGCUAUAAGAAACCCAGACUGUUCUGUUGCCACACACCUCAUUAAUCUAGUGGGGCCCAUCGCUGUAACCUCAGCCAACCCUACAGGCGAGGCAGACACAACUCACCACAACCAAGUUUAUGCCAAGCUGGGUGACAAGGUGGAUGGAGUGUUAUGUGAUGGCGCCUCCCCAGAGAACAUUGCAUCUACUGUGGUUGACUGCACCAAGAUUGAAACAGGGCAUAUUGGUUUCUUCAGAGUGGGUCUCAUUCCUAAAUCUAAGGUUCUUCAAAUCUUUGAAGAGGUUCAGAAGCGGCACCGACAGGGGCAGAUUAAUCCUGCUUUUGAGUAUGAUCUGUAUCUGCCAGAUACACAAAUGGACAAAAGUUCAGAAGAUGAUGCAGCGGAGUCAGGAAGAGGAUCUGGAAACUCAACACCAUCCUCAGAUUCACCUCAACAAAGUCCAGUCCUCAGAAAUGAGUCAUAGUAUCAAUGCACAGAUAAAAAUGCUGCCAAAUGUAACAUAAAUUCAGAUGUACGUAAAAGACGAGUAUUAAACAAAAGCUUCAUGCACAGAUGGACAUUUAAUAGUUGUACAGGGACAUCCCCAUAAACUGUAUGACAAACAUGUGCUGGUGUUUUAUGGUUGUCAAACUGAUGUUUUUUAUCAUGUUUGUCAUGUCUUUUGCAACUUUAUAUUGGUAUAAAAUGAUGCAUGAAUUAUAUGCACACAGACUUUAAUGCACUCUAAUCACUUUUGAUAUGACUAACUAAAUGACAUUAAUUUAUGUUUUGUAAUCUUUUAUAUACAUUGUCUGUACUUUUGUCUGGAAACUAGUAUUUUAAAUACUUUAAUGUACUGUAUAUACUUCUCAUGAUAAAAUGUAUAUUAAAUUAUUUCCCAAA